CGGAGCGGCGGAUUUACAUCAGCCGGCCCACUCAUUACCAUGUUUUAUAUCCCCCCGCGCUCAGAAAGCAUCAUGGCAAAGCGGCUCCAUCCUCCCCUCCAACAGGGAAGUGAGUGAAGCAGCCUCGCGGAGCAGGUGUCGCGCGGACAGAAACUCCCCCUCCCUCCGACAGCUCCGGACUCCUGGAACUUUAUUUAUUUAUUUAAAAGUUUUCGUUUUUACUCUUUCUCCCUCUCUCUCUCUCUUCCCCCGUCGUUUAAUUGCCCUCCAUCCUUCCUCGCGGUGCUUAUGUCGUGUUUUUAAUGUUCUCCAAAAUGGUCUCGAAGCUGACGUCCCUACAGCAGGAGCUCCUCAGCGCCCUGCUGGACUCAGGCGUCACCAAAGACGUCCUGAUCCAGGCCCUGGACGACAUGGACCCCAGUCCGCCGCCGCAGGGCUUCGGGGUGAAAAUGGAGAGCCUGCCCGUGUCGCCCGGCAAGCUGAACGGCGCCGACGCGGACUCCAAGCCCGUCUUCCACACGCUCACCAACGGACACGGCAAGGGCAAGCUGUCCGGGGACGAGGGCUCCGAGGACGGGGACGACUACGACACGCCGCCGAUCCUCAAGGAGCUCCAGUCGCUCAACACGGAGGAGGCCGCGGAGCAGCGGGCAGAGGUGGACCGCAUGUUGGCCGAGGACCCAUGGCGGGCGGCUCGUAUGAUCAAAGGUUACAUGCAGCAGCACAACAUCCCCCAGCGGGAGGUGGUGGACAUCACGGGGCUCAACCAGUCUCACCUCUCCCAGCACCUCAACAAAGGGACGCCCAUGAAGACGCAGAAGCGAGCGGCCCUCUACACCUGGUACGUCAGGAAGCAGCGGGAAAUUCUUCGACAGUUCAACCAGGCCACUCAAGCUUCUAUUGGCAGCAUGUCAGACAAAGGCAGCCAGGAUCCGGCCUUUUUCUACCCGGAGUUCAACAUGUCCGGCCCGGGAAUGGGUCAGUCGAGCGAAGAGGUUGGCACUGAGCCGCUGAGUAAGAAAAUGAGGCGUAACCGUUUCAAAUGGGGGCCUGCAUCUCAGCAAAUCCUGUACCAGGCUUACGAGCGGCAGAAGAACCCCAGCAAGGAGGAGAGGGAGGCUCUGGUGGAGGAGUGCAACAGAGCCGAGUGUCUUCAGAGAGGCGUCUCCCCUUCCAAAGCUCAGGGACUCGGCUCUAACCUGGUCACCGAAGUGAGAGUUUAUAACUGGUUUGCCAACAGACGUAAGGAGGAGGCCUUCAGGCAAAAGCUGGCUAUGGACGCCAUCACUGCACCGCCGCACGGUAUCAACCCACUGCUGUCACACAGCUCGCCGCAUCAUCCCCAGACCAGCGUGUCCCCUCCAAUGCGUUACAGCCAAGGCCCCGGCGAAGUCUCCUCCUCCACCGCCAUCAGUCACCACAGCAGCAGCAGCCAGUCGGUGCUGCAGCAGGUGUCCCCGGGAGGACUGGACCACAGCCACAGCCUGCUGUCGCCCGACGCCAAGAUGAUUUCAGGCUCGGGCGGAGGACUUCCUCCGGUCAGCACGCUGACCAACAUCCACAGUUCCCACCACAGCCACCAGCAGCCGCAGAACCUCCUAAUGCCUCUGACAGGAGUCAUGGCGAUAGCACAGAGUUUGAGCACGUCGCAGGCCCAGACGGUGCCGGUGAUCAACAGCGUGGCUGGGAGCCUCGCCGCUCUCCAGCCAGUGCAGUUCUCCCAGCAGCUCCACAGCCCCCACCAGUCGAGCCUGAUGCAGCAGUCGCCCAGCCACAUGAGCCAGCAGCCCUUCAUGGCCACCGUCACACACUCUCACAUGUAUUCGCACAAACAAGAGCCCCCGCAGUACUCUCACCCGUCCCGUUUCCCCUCAUCCAUGGUCACAGACGCCAACAGCAUCAGCACCCUCAGCUCCAUGUCCUCCAGCAAGACGGACGCUCCUGUAAACAAGAUGGUGCAACUCGGGGGUAUCUCCUGGUGUCCUCUUCCGGCUUGGUGAGAGCGGCCAACCGACCUCCCCGCUGCCCAGCAACCGGAGCGCAUUUUUCCACCCUCUCGCCGAGGUUAGCAUGACAACCGCUAAUGGCCCGCAGGCGCGCGCGCGCUGGACAACAAGCUGGUCAACAAACACGGAGGGGAGGGAGGGGGGCCGAGUCUGGCGCGCAUGAAUGAUCAACAAGGAUGUUAAUGAUUCAAACUCAAAUCUUAGAAAACAGUAUUCGGUUUAAAGAAGAAAAGAAAAAAGUCAUCCCAAGUUGUCACGUAAAGAAACAAAAGCACCAGAGUGAACUAUUUUGAGGACCUUAAUGGAGGGAUUUGGGGUGACGUCAAGACAUUAAAGACAGAGAGGACGAGGGGGACACCUUGUCUGCACGUGUGACAAUCACAACGACCGCUGUUGAUCUCGUGCAUACAUUUCUUACUGUUUUUUUUUUUUAAAGGAGUCUUCCAUGUUUUUAUCUGUCCACAUUCAGUUUACUGUACCGCAAAUGAUCGCCUGAAGUCGUCCCUUGUGUAUACUGUGAUUUGAAAAGACUUUGACAAUCUCAAAAGGACUAUGCAAUGCUUUGUAUAACUGGAUUCUGCACAAAACUCCACACACUUGAGGCCGGAAAAGGAAUAUGCACUAUACAGCUGUUGUAAACUGUUGAUAAAAUAACAAAAAAAAAAAAGUAGAUUUGUAACGAAUUAGCCAAACUGAUUUAGGGUUGUUGUUUUUUUUUUGUUUUGAGGGAAAUGACUCUUUUUUUUAUCCUUUGAACGCGGGCGCGCAGCCCUUCCCUUUCCACGGAAACGUCCGGCUCUUGUUUGCUCCCAGGCUCAGGUGAAUUUAAGGAAUGGGACUCGCCCCUCCACUCGGACUUUUAUCUCCUCUCCCACUUCCUGCUAGCGAUGUAAAACAGGACAAAUAUUGUUAAUAACUCCUCGUCAUGAAUCACGGCUCACCGUUAAGUAGCCCCUCCCCCUCCCGCCGGGGAAGAAUGACAAACAUCGACAGGUAUUCAUAAACAUGAAAAGAGCGGCGGUGUUGUGACAGCCGCGGCGCAAAGAUCGCGCGGGAAUGCGGGGAAUCUGCGAGGCGCGCGCAAAUGAACGCCUAGAAUGACAGUAUUAAGGCGUGUUCAGCGUUCAUAUCCAGACCAACAUUGAUCAAGUGCGACUCGUCGCGCGUGGACCCACCCAGUCUCCAGCUCAUAUUAUUAGGUCAUCGUGUAGUCGUUUUAUGUGACUGUUAUCGGCAUACAAGACAUGAUUCCUCUUUCUCUCUCUCUCCUCUUAUUGUAUUAUUUUUGUACAAAAUUGAAAUCAAUUGUAAAUCAUUAUUUAUACUUCCUGAGAAAAUAUUGGUAUUUGAAGUAAAAAGUUUUUUUUUCUAAAAAUAA